UUUCUUUUUUCUUCCUUUUGUUUUAUCUUUUUUUUUUAAAAAAAAAAAGAAAAAAGAAAAAUGUCUCAAACGGAACGACCUAUUGUAUUUUUUGAUAUAUCCAUUGGUGAUGUUGCGGUUGGACGUAUGAAGAUGGAACUUUUUUCAGAUAUUGUACCAAAAACUGCGGAGAACUUUAGACAAUUAUGUACCGGAGAAUAUAAACGUAAUGGUCAGCCACAGGGAUUCAAGAAUAGUAUUUUUCACAGAGUGAUCAAGGACUUCAUGGUACAAGGUGGAGACUUUAUAAAGGGUGAUGGUACAGGUUCGCUUAGUAUUUAUGGUGAAAAGUUUGCUGACGAAAACUUUGAAAAGAAACAUACUGGUGCUGGUUUAUUGUCUAUGGCAAACUCCGGUCCUAAUACUAAUGGAUGUCAGUUCUUUAUUACUUGUGACAAGUGUGAUUUCUUGGAUGGUAAACAUGUUGUAUUUGGACAACUGAUUGAUGGAUUAUUGACACUGCGGAAAAUAGAAAAUGUGUCAACUGGACCACAGAAUAGACCAAAGCUUCCUGUCAAAAUCACAGAAUGUGGACAAAUGUAGUAUAAUACUAAUAGUUUUAGAUUUAUUGUCUUUUUGAAUAAAAAUGUGUUUGAUGGAUUGAUCAUAA